AUCUCCUCCCUGAAUCGCGCACAGCGCUGCAGAUCCCAGUGCUCCGAAUUGCGGGCCGAAUGCAGGUGAGGAAAGGCACGGACUCUGCGGCUGCGAACCCAAACUUGGGCACCGCGCGGUGCGCACGGCUCAGCCUUCGCCCCCGCGGGCGAACGGCUGCUGCGGUUUCAGGCGGCGGCUUCGUGACUAAUGACCUUGCGCAGAGUUGUUAAGAAAAAAAGAGAAACCCGAGCUCUUGUGGGUGAGAAGAGACUGACUCUGGGCGUCUCUGACGAUGGCUCGGGCUGCUCUUGGGCGCGCGGGGGGGACCCGGACGCGGACCGCUGUGUGACGCGAGUGGUCUCCACUGCACGGUGCCCGAAGCGACCUGCCAGGGAUUUUUCAUUCUCGUUCUGUUGACUGGCUCCCCCGCUGCCAGAGCGGAGUCAGAGUUCAGACUGGCUUGUUGCUGGCCCCGGCGCCUCGUGCAGGAAGCAACUCACGUUUGCCUGGGCAGCCGGAGCAGAAGCUGGGUCUGGAGUGAGUGGCUGGAACGUGAAUUGGACGCAACUCGAGUAGCAGCAAAGACGAACAGGGUUGGCAGGCGGGGGAGGCUGCAGGCUUGUUCCCCGCCGCUUCCCGGCUCCACCACCCGCCUGCCGGAGCGGUUCCGGCCCCAUCCGACAGAGAGGGAACCGGAGCCCGGGAUCCUUCGCCCGCUGCGGGGAUGACUCUGGGGGGGGGGGGGGCGCCGAGCCCGCGGCGCGCAGUGUCCCGUGAACUGUGAGUACUGCGACUGAACGGCGGCCGGCGAGCGGGCGAUUAGCACCCAUUGCAUGAAUUAUGAAACAAUAACUUUCGGAAGAAGCAGAAGGAAAAAAAAAAAAAAAGAAGAAGGAUCUAUCGCCGGUCCCCCUGGCCGACUCCGCACGGUGCUCUUGCCCCCUCCCUCCUCUCGCUUCCUCCUUUCCCGGAGAGAGAAGAGGACUGGGAGGAGGGCAGGCGGCCGGCCCCGGAGGAGGGGGGCGCAGAGGGGGCUGUGAUUAGAAGGAGCAGUAGCAGCAGCAGCAGGAGAAGAUGCUGAGGAUGCGGACCGCGGGGUGGGCGCGCGGCUGGUGCCUGGGUUGCUGUCUCCUCUUGCCGCUCUCGCUCAGCCUGGCGGCCGCCAAGCAACUCCUCCGAUAUCGACUGGCUGAGGAGGGCCCAGCGGACGUCCGCAUCGGCAACGUCGCCUCGGACUUGGGCAUCGUGACGGGUUCGGGUGAGGUGACUUUCAGCCUCGAGUCGGGCUCGGAGUACCUAAAGAUCGACAACCUCACCGGCGAGCUGAGCACGAGCGAGCGGCGCAUCGACCGCGAGAAGCUGCCCCAGUGUCAGAUGAUCUUCGACGAGAACGAGUGCUUUCUGGACUUCGAAGUGUCGGUCAUCGGGCCCUCGCAGAGCUGGGUGGACCUGUUCGAGGGUCGGGUCAUCGUACUCGAUAUCAACGACAACACGCCCACCUUCCCGUCACCGGUGCUCACGCUCACGGUGGAGGAGAACCGGCCGGUGGGCACUCUCUACCUGCUACCCACCGCCACGGACCGUGACUUCGGCCGUAACGGCAUCGAGCGCUACGAGCUGCUCCAGGAGCCCGGGGGCGGUGGCGGCGGCGGCGGCGGCGGCGGCAGCGGCGGCGGCGGCGAGGGCCGGCGCUCUGGGCCUGCCGACAGCGCCCCCUACCCCGGGGGCGGCGGGAACGGCGCGAGCGGCGGCGGCCCGGGCGGCUCCAAGAGGCGGCCGGACGCACCAGAGGGCGGCGGCGGGACCAACCCCGGUGGCCGUAGCAGCGUGUUCGAACUGCAGGUGGCCGACACCCCGGAUGGCGAGAAGCAGCCACAGCUGAUUGUGAAGGGGGCGCUGGACCGGGAACAACGCGAUUCCUACGAGCUGACCCUGCGGGUGCGCGACGGUGGCGACCCUCCUCGCUCCUCUCAGGCUAUCCUAAGGGUGCUCAUCACCGACGUGAACGACAACAGCCCCCGCUUCGAGAAGAGCGUGUAUGAAGCUGACCUAGCCGAGAAUAGCGCCCCAGGGACUCCCAUCCUGCAGCUGCGUGCCGCGGACCUGGACGUGGGGGUCAACGGACAGAUCGAGUAUGUGUUCGGAGCGGCUACCGAAUCCGUGCGGCGGCUGCUGCGACUGGACGAGACGUCCGGCUGGCUCAGUGUCCUGCAUCGCAUCGACCGCGAGGAGGUGAACCAGCUGCGCUUCACGGUCAUGGCCCGCGACCGCGGGCAGCCCCCCAAGACCGACAAGGCCACGGUGGUCCUUAACAUCAAGGACGAGAACGACAAUGUGCCGUCCAUUGAAAUCCGCAAGAUCGGGCGUAUCCCACUCAAGGACGGGGUGGCCAACGUGGCCGAAGAUGUUCUGGUCGACACCCCCAUUGCUCUGGUACAGGUGUCCGACCGAGACCAAGGCGAGAACGGGGUAGUCACCUGCACCGUGGUGGGUGAUGUGCCCUUCCAGCUCAAGCCGGCCAGCGACACAGAGGGCGACCAGAACAAGAAAAAGUACUUUCUGCACACCUCGACCCCUUUGGACUAUGAGACCACCCGGGAAUUCAACGUGGUCAUAGUGGCGGUGGACUCGGGCAGCCCCAGCCUCUCCAGCAACAACUCCCUGGUUGUCAAGGUAGGAGACACCAAUGACAACCCGCCCGUCUUUGGCCAGUCGGUGGUGGAGGUGUACUUUCCCGAGAAUAACAUCCCUGGAGAGAGGGUGGCCACGGUGCUGGCGACAGACGCCGACAGUGGGAAAAAUGCAGAGAUUGCCUACUCUCUGGAUUCUUCCGUUAUGGGGAUCUUUGCCAUCGAUCCUGAUUCUGGGGACAUCCUUGUCAAUACGGUGCUGGACCGAGAGCAGACAGACAGGUAUGAGUUUAAAGUUAACGCCAAAGACAAAGGCAUCCCAGUGCUGCAGGGCAGCACCACGGUGAUUGUGCAGGUGGCUGACAAGAAUGACAAUGACCCUAAGUUUAUGCAGGACGUCUUUACCUUUUAUGUGAAAGAAAACUUGCAGCCCAACAGCCCUGUGGGGAUGGUCACGGUGAUGGAUGCUGACAAGGGGCGCAAUGCGGAGAUGAGCCUCUACAUCGAAGAAAACAGUAACAUUUUUUCCAUUGAGAAUGACACGGGGACCAUUUACUCCACAAUGUCUUUUGACCGGGAACAUCAGACCACAUACACAUUCAGAGUCAAGGCUGUGGAUGGGGGAGAUCCUCCCAGAUCCGCCACAGCCACAGUCUCUCUCUUUGUGAUGGAUGAGAAUGACAAUGCUCCCACCGUGACCCUUCCCAGAAACAUUUCCUACACUUUACUGCCACCUUCGAGUAAUGUCAGGACAGUAGUAGCUACAGUGUUGGCAACAGACAGUGACGAUGGCAUCAAUGCAGACCUUAACUACAGCAUUGUGGGAGGGAAUCCCUUCAAGCUGUUUGAGAUUGAUUCCACCAGUGGUGUGGUUUCCUUAGUGGGAAAACUCACCCAAAAGCAUUAUGGCUUGCACAGGUUGGUUGUGCAAGUGAAUGAUAGUGGGCAGCCUUCCCAGUCCACCACAACUCUGGUGCAUGUGUUUGUCAAUGAAAGUGUUUCUAAUGCAACUGUGAUUGACUCCCAGAUAGCCAGAAGUUUGCACACCCCACUCACCCAGGAUAUAGCUGGUGACCCAAGUUACGAAAUUAGCAAGCAGAGACUCAGUAUUGUCAUUGGGGUGGUUGCUGGAAUUAUGACAGUGAUUCUAAUCAUCUUAAUUGUAGUGAUGGCAAGGUACUGCCGGUCCAAAAAUAAAAAUGGCUAUGAAGCUGGCAAAAAGGAUCACGAAGACUUUUUUACACCCCAGCAGCACGACAAAUCUAAAAAGCCUAAAAAGGACAAGAAAAACAAAAAAUCUAAGCAGCCUCUCUACAGCAGCAUUGUCACUGUAGAAGCUUCUAAACCAAAUGGACAGAGGUAUGAUAGUGUCAAUGAGAAGCUGUCAGAUAGCCCAAGCAUGGGGCGAUACCGAUCUGUUAAUGGGGGGCCUGGCAGUCCUGACCUGGCCAGGCAUUACAAAUCUAGCUCUCCAUUGCCUACUGUCCAGCUUCACCCCCAGUCACCAACUGCAGGAAAAAAACACCAGGCCGUACAAGAUCUACCACCAGCCAACACCUUUGUGGGAGCAGGAGACAACAUUUCAAUUGGAUCAGAUCACUGCUCUGAAUACAGCUGUCAAACCAAUAACAAGUACAGCAAACAGCCAUUUCGUAGAGUGACGUUUUCUGUUGUGAGUCAGCCUCAGGACCCACAUCAGGGGUCACUGCAGAGUUGCUAUGACAGCGGGCUGGAGGAGUCAGAGACACCAAGCAGUAAGAGUUCAUCAGGGCCAAGGCUGGGUGCCCUUCCACUCCCAGAGGACAACUAUGAAAGGACCACGCCGGAUGGCAGUGUUGGUGAGGCAGAGCAUAUGGAAAAUGAUUCAAGACCUCUUCCAGAUGUAGCCCUGACUGGAAAGUGUACCCGUGAGUGUGAUGAAUAUGGCCACUCAGACUCCUGCUGGAUGCCGGUCCGCACUUCUCCAGAGAGGAAGAAGAGCCAGCCCAAACUCUCCACUUUCAUGCCUGUUGAUGAACGAGGAAGCCAGGAAAAGCUGGCCAAUGGCGAGGCCGCCAUCAUGGGUGACCGCAACAGAAACCUUCUGAACAAAAAGUUGACCUCGUCCUAUGAGACCUUCAGUGCAGCUAGUUUCAGCAAAAAUGAGGAAGCCAACCCUGAGGAUAUUCCCCUUACAAAAACAGGGGAAUACAAGCCAUCUCCUGUCAAUACUCUCACUAGAAGAGAAGUUUACCUGUAGGUUAUGAAGAAGAACGGCAAAGUUCUUUUCAUGUAUGAGAAGGAGAAUAAGGGGCAAAAAACCUUACAAAGAAAAACCGUUUAAUCACAAAGAGGGGGCUACCAAAGAGACAAAGCUUUGCCUGCCACUUCUGCCUCCAGAUCAGGCCUUUAGUGAUACUGUUAGCCUGAUUGUAAUGUACAAUGUAGAAACCAUCCUUGUUACUUGCAUGUCUAAUCCCCUCACUGAUUAUUCCCAACACCCUUUAUCCCUCUUCCCCAUCCCCCUCCAAGGAGGGAAAAAAAAAAAAAAAAAGAUGGUUGCAAGUUUCUUUCAUGGUAACAAGCCUGAUUAGCAGAACACAACACACUCUCAUUAUCCCUAAACUGAAGCAUGAUUUAGUCACUUUGAUUUAGUUCGAAUGCCAUCCUGCUGGUCAAAAAAAAAAAAAAAAAAAACCAAACAAACAAACAAAAACCCCACACAGACAAAAAAAUAAAAAUAAAAAUAAAUUAAAAGAUAAAAAACAAACAAACAAACAAAAAACAAAUCAGGUAAAUGUAUUUUAGACAUACCAUGAGAAUAUAAUUAAUCACCAUGAAAGGCAAUCCCCCCAAAAUAAUAAAGUCCCUGUAAAGGUACAGUUCUUAUUAAGGGGGACUCUACAAGAAUAUUGAGAAUCUCACAGCUUUAAAAUUCUAACAAAGACUGACAGCUAGACAAUACCCAGUUGGAGAUUGUAGUACCAAAUUGACAUAUGUUGUUCUUUUCAAGUCAGGGGUAUCCACUUCAAUCACAUACAUUCAUCGAAUAUUCUUAGUAUACACACAAUCUUGACCACAUGUAUCAAUUACACUAAUUAUAACUUGUAAAAAUUAUAUAUAUUUUUUUCAGAACAGCACCACUGUUAUCAACUAACUGGAACAAUGUGUCAUUAAAAGGCCAAAGAUCACACGGCAGAUCAGGGAAAUCAUGAAGCAGAUUUGGUCUUGACUGGAAAUCCAUUAAGCAACAAAAGCAACUGAACCCAUGCACAUACAGAAAUACUCAAACACUAGCUUAUUUUACAUUGUCUCUAUACCUGAAAACAUGCAUUCUCUUUUAAAAUGGGUUUUCUUUGAAAGCUCAGAAAAUGAAAACUAAAGUGAUGUAUUUUUGGUAUAAUAGUAGACAAUUAGUUAAGUUUCAAGUUUAGCUUCAAAACCUAUUAUCAGGGAAGUUUCACUUGUAAAAAUCAUUUUUGUGGGUAGGUAGGGAAAGAAGGAUAUGUCGGUAUAAAGUCUUUUAAGUUAAAAUCACUUUUAUCAUUUUGGAAUCCAGGUAAUACGUGCUGGUCUUACUAUUUACGUUUCAAAUUACCAGUUGUAUUUUUUGUGUGUUUAAGGCACUCUUUCAUAUAACACAAGUGCAUUAAUUUUGAUCCUGUGCAAUAUAGCACUAUUUCAAGUCUCACAACAUUGAAACAAGGUGACACCCUAAUUGAUUUGUCAUUAAUGUGAUUUUGAACAUGAUACAAUAUGUCUUAAAACAAAUCUAGAUGGAACAUGAAAGAAAUGAGUUCUGGGCAGUGAUAUGUCUCCUUGUAUGUACAUCUCUCAAAGUGGAAAAUAUGCAAUUUUUUCAGUGUGAAAAAAAAACCACAAUAUGCAGAUUUUGGGUCAUUUGUUCUAUAGAGGGUGAUUUAACAUAAUUGGAAAUUGAGCUGGGACAUUCAGACAGAAGUGACAAUCCAGGGACAGAAUAGGGGAUAACAGGUGAGAAGAGCAAAUGUUCCCAACACUGAAUGUUUGCAACCUGGUUAAGACAUAGCCUGAUGGCUCUCUAGCAAACUGUAGAAAUAAUGUAGCUUUGGAUAGUUUUAUUCUUUACAGAAUUUCUUAGACUAUAAGGUGAAACAGCCUGGACCAGAGGUUGUGAACUCACUAUAGGUCAUCAAAAUGUUUAUCUUUGAAAACAACUUCUCUGUUUGGUGGGCUACUCUUUUGGGGUCAUUUCCUUCUGCUCUUUCUUAAAUGGAGUUUUCAUUUUGAUGUUAGUUUAUGUAUAAUAGUUAAGAUGAAAGAAGAUAUGUAAUUGAAACAAAAAUACUGGACUAAAAUAUCAAUAAUUGAACAUGUUUAUGUUUAAUUAUUAUUUACAUGAUGGAAAGAUGCAAUUCUAGUACUCUGUUAGGAAACUGCAUUAAAGCAGUUCUGCCUUGUAUAAUCUGUAAGUACCUAUUAAGACAAAAUACUUCUAAAGAUACUUAUAAAAUGUAUACAUAUUUUUUCUUGCACGUUACAAAGCAAAUACUCAAUUGCAUAACACAGGUGUUCAACAAACUUUUUUUUAAUGCAUUUAUUUUCUUUCUUUCAUGAGACACUUGAAGCCAUUAGAUAGCUCAUUUCAUUCUAUCUUAAAACCCUUCCAUUGUCUAUAAAGCUAAUACGGGUCAUACUGGACCUUUGGAUUAAUUGGAUCUACAUUCCCCAAUGAUGUUUGCACCACAUUCAAGACAGCCAUGUCAUUGUCAUUUAACUCGUGAGCCUCUCUUUAGAACUAAAAUGGGUGUGAAAGAAAAAAAUUCAGUGUACUGUAAGUAUUCUCAGUAAUUCUAGUAGAAUUAGCUCUCAUAACAUGUUUAUUAUAUAAUGAGCUGGCAUGACACAGAAAUAUAUUUUGUGUUUGUAUGACUUUUAUUUUGAAUAGGCUAAAUCUGGUGCCACUCCAUAUAUAGAGUGCUUUUGAAAAAAAUCAAUAAAAAGAAACAAAAAAAAUAAAUGAGUGAAUGCAAAACAAGCAACUGUGCCUUUUAUACCUGUUGUUACGGUAAAAAAAACGGUUGUUGGGUUUGGACAAUGAGGGAAAAUGGGCUAUUCCCAACUUUUUUGAUCCUGUAUAUUUAUCCAUGUUUAUUUUCUGAAAAUAAUAAAUAAUAUAUUAAAAAUUUGCCUUCUGACAAACUCAGAUAAUGGACCAGUCUUAAAUAUCGUUCAUUCAUAAAACAAAACUAAGGCAUUAACAUGGACUGCUUAAUUCUGACUAGAAGGCUCAAGCGUUUAUUAUAAUAGUAACACAGAGAGAGAUUAUCAGGGGUGAAAUCAGUCCAUUUUGCAAGGUCAAAUAUUGAUUUCGAAUUUCUAUUCUUUAUUUCCGUUUUGUUGUUAAUUUUUCUUUUAGCUGCUGUUUCAUUUUGGUUGUAUAGUAUAUAAACCAUACUUGUUUUCUGUACACAAGAUUCUCAAGUGAACUUUGCAUGCAUUAUACAUUAGGACACAUUUAUAAAUUAAUGAGUAACUAUAUAAAUUUAUGUGUAUUAAAAUUUAUGUGUAUGUCUGUAGCUUCAGUCUAAAAUCUAAUGCUCAUUCUGACCCUCCAGAUAUCAUUUCUGUAUGGUUUCUGACUGGCCUGCUGCCUGAGUUUCAGAAAACAAGAGAGGCAUUAUUUUUAUGGGAAGAGAAACUAAGAUGGUACUGAAGAUGUCAGGCUGAAAGGCUACCCUAGGAAGCUCUCUUAAAGGAAAAUAAUAUAACACACAGACCCGAAGAAACCUCCAAGAAUCAAGCCAUCCCAAAUUCAGGCCUGAGAAAUCUGAAGACGGAAGUAGUUUUAGGGAUGUUGUAUCCGUGAUAAAUAUACAAUGUGUCCUUAGGUAGGAAUAAAACAAAAACAGUGAAUAUGAUCAAGAAUAUUCUAGAGCUGGUCAGUUGUGAUCCAGGCAGAGGUAGAUCCAACAUCUGGAGGAAGACCUCAUACUUUCAGCUCCCUAGGGUUUACUUUCAGACAACUUUUCCUACAUUUUAAAGCACUUGCAUUCAGUGUGGUACAAUCUGUUUGUAAUGUUAAUCAUUGACUAUUGUUCUGCUACUUGGAUGUUGAUAGUGAAGCAGAAAACAAUUUAUCAUCCUUUAUUAUGAGUCACUAUGCACGCAACUAUGCUAAACAUGGCGAAAUGUAUGAAACACUCGUCCAACUAUUUAUGAAAUACUUUACAUAAUUUAAUUUGCUUUUGUACAGUUUUAUGUAAAUAAAUUGCUUGUCAUUUUUGUCUCUGCAAAUUAAAAUAUAACAUGGUCAAAUGGUUUCA